CUGUCUCCAGUGGGUAGUUAGAAGCACCCAUACCCGCCAUUGUGGUGACAAACGGGCGGUGUAAAUAUAUGUAGCGAGUCAUUCCAAGGACAGUCGUCAGGGACAUUCUACCGUUAGGACGGUCGUCAGGUAUAGACCAGUAAAGGUACCCAAGCGCCAACCUUAACAGAACUGAGAUACUGAAGCUGAGAUGGAUAGUAGGGCCUGGUUAUCCAGCAUUUUGUUGUGUGUUACUAUCCAUACAUACCAAUGUCUGGACUACGUCUCCUACAACUACGAGACGGAUAAAGGCCUGUCCGAGCCAUUCUUUCUCAACCUCACCAUUCCAGACAUGUUUUCCUGUUUUUCGCUCUGUCAGCAAAUCAACAAGUGUGACUCGGUCAGUUUUGACACAAAUAACAAGGUUUGUGAGAUGAACGCCAACAACUCAACCAGUGGAUCUCUGUCGGCCAGGACCGGGUACCUCUUCUCUGACGUCACAGCCUCCUCGACACUGGUCGGAGGCUGUGCCACAAGUUCUUGUGCGGAUGAAGAUAUCUGUAUCCUUGACAACGACGGAAAUAUGAGUGGAUGUUCAACUGUCAAAGAGUAGACGGGUCAUCUGUUGUUACUAGCAUAUUACAUUUUUCGUAUCAUAUAUUCUAUGAAACGAGUCUUAGGUUUUAUUUUCGCGAACCUUAAUUACAAUUUAAUAGUCACAACUUACAUUUGGAAAUGUUUGAAAGUAAAAAUGUGGUGGACUUAAUCAAACGGGACUGCAUAUUUUUUUGUGCCACUCACAAUUUAUGACAUCACGUCAUUAUCCCUAUUAUGACGUCAAAUUGAAUUUUUGAUUGACACAGCCAAUAAAAAGCACGCCAGAGUUGUAUUACAAUGCUGACAUACGCCCAACUAUUACACUAGCGAAUUUACAUUCAUUUGUGUUGGCUUUCAUAACGUUCUUUUUUCUUUUUACAAAUGGCUACGCAGGUGCCAUUCAAAAUUUUGCACACAGCAGUGACUUAAGUAUGUGAUGGGAUAAUAGCAUAUAUUUUAGCAUAUUCAAGCACUUGUUUCAAUUAAGAUUAAAUUAUAACCACAUGCCAUACAUCAUUAUAUCUCAAUUUCCUUGGACACAGUUACCAAAUUUCUUUGUAUUUUUGGAACUGUUAUUCGGAUCCAUUUGCUCGUCACGAUCUAUUGAUUAUGUUGUAGUAAACGUGAAACAUGUCCUUUAAUACAACAUAACCAAUAUAUCUACAUACAAAACAAACAACACAAUAGGAUCUAUCUAUAUCAUAUAAUAUAUUCUCUGUUUGCAGCAUCAUCAACAUUCCGGGGGCACCUGUUGUAGUCUGAAUUUUUCUUUCCCAAGGCUAAUUGUUGUGCUAGUUUAGUAUUGUUAAAUGUGUUACAUUGUUUGAGUAUUAUCUAGAACUAAAUAUUUUUACUCACUGUAAAAAUAAUGAAUUUGUACAUCAUUCAUGUGAUUUUUGAAUAUGAUGAUAUGUUGAUGUUUAGUUUAACGACAGAACAAAUUUUAAUUCAACGAUAUAUCAACUUUUAGUUUAAGGAUAUAGCAAUUUUAUUAGAUCUGUAUCUAUUGGGGAUAUAUUUAUAUGAAUGUCAACGGUUUAUUGUUUACUAUCAUUCACUGAUAACAUAAUAAUCUAGUAAGUAUUUCAAAUUAAGUACCCUAGUUAAAGGGUUACUUUCAUAAGAAAAGUUGACAAGAAUACUUACUUCAAGGAGUUACCAACCCGAUCAUAAUUUAUUUACGGUGAUGGGACAAUAUAAAACUCACGGUUUCUGUCAAAUUCCUCCUCUUCUUCUUCUUCUUCUUAUCAUCAUUUGUGUUUUGCUUUUGUUUUUCGGUUAUAUAAACUUUAUUUACAAAACGGAAUCCAUACCGAAACUGUUGCAGGUUAGAUUGAGCUCCUGUAGACAUUUAGACCGUUGAUGCAAUACUAUGGUAACGACAGUAAUUAUCUUUUUAUAAUAUCAGGAUUUUACUGUAUAAUCUUUUAGAAAAUACGCCUACAAAUAGUCUGGUGUUUCCCAGAGGAAUGCGAAAUUUUAUAGUAGAUUCAUCUAUAUAUGUACAUGUUUUAAAUAAAAUAUGAAUGAACAAACUCAUUUCUACUUUCAUUUC